UGGGCUUGUUAACCCGUUUUUCCAAACAUUUCUUCCUGAACUGCAACCAAACAGUAACAUCAGCUUUCAAUUGAAAAUCCUCGCAGAAAGCCUCUCUUAAAGUUAACUAUGGCGGUCGUAAGAUCACUUUUUUAAUUCGCCAUUUUCCCUUCUUGCUUCUAAUAUAUUCAUAUAUUUUCCUCUUUACUCUUUUCUAUUUCAUUUCUUGUAUAAACUUUGAAUUUCCUGUUAUCAUGAGCAUUAGAACAUCAUUUCUAGUUUACUUGCAAUCAAUCAUAGACUCUAAUCUUUACUGACCCUCAAGCUUCUCCACUUUGCCCUUCUCCUUCAAAAACCGUCAACCAGCAAAAACCUAGGCAAUAACAUCGGCCAGCAAAAUCACCAGUCACUCACUCGCCAGCAACGCCACUCUAGGAAACGUCUGCGGUCUGCCGCCACUCCAGCAACCGUCAACCUGCCGCCGACUGCACCGAUAUCCAUUCAUAAUCCGCUUUAAGAAAAAUGGGAGACACUGAAAAGGGAGAGGCUGAAAAUCCAGAAGAAUCUGUUUCAACUCAUACUUCAAAAUUAGCUGGUACUGUCAAUUGGGGAACAGCUACUGUCAUGGGGAUAUUUGCUGGAAUGCUAUAUGGAGGCAGCAAGGAAGCAUCUGCAUCUGCUAGCAAGGAUGCCGAAGUGACUUUGAAGCUUGGUAGUACCCCAGACAAACGUGAGCAAUAUCGGUUGAUGAGAGAUGCUAUGGAGAAGAGGUUUUAUAGAGUCACUCGUGGAUCUCUGAUCGGGGGAGUGCGUCUCGGGAUGUUUACUGCUGCAUUUUAUGGUCUACAGAAUCUGUUUGCCGAGAAACGAGGAGUUCAUGAUGUGUAUAACAUUGCUGCUGCUGGUUCUGCUACUGCUGCAACUUUUGGUCUGAUAAUGCCAGGAUCUCUUUUCUGGCGAGCCAGGAAUGUCAUGAUGGGUUCAAUUUUGGGGGCAACAUUCUGUUUUCCUCUUGGUUGGGCCCAUUUGAAGCUGGUUGAAAAAGCAAACGAGGAAAGGCUCACUGCUCAUCCUCCAAUUAACGAGAAGGGCGAAGUCAGGACUGGUGUUGGAGCUGUCAUUGACCGACUUGAAGGAAGUGUCAGCAAGUAAAUUUGAGGCUGUCAGGUCAUCACAGCUAUACACAGAAGUGCAGAUUUGAGGCGAGUUCAUAUAAUCUUGGCAAACUAUACAAAUUGAGUGGGUUUACAUUGCAUUUUGAAUUAUUUUUAUGAAUUCUGGCAAUUUGGAAUGCAACCUGCAGCCAGAGAUCCAGAAGUAAAUCUCGUUUUUCCUCUAGUACACAGUAUAGGCUUCAGCACUUAACAGUUGUUAUUUUGAUCAAAGGAAAGAACUAAACUUUUAUGUCAGUUCAACAAGGCGUAUUUUUGUAAUUUUGGGGUUUUCGUCUUUGGACUAAUACAAAGAUGUGUAUCAUAUAUUUAUAUAGGAUGUAACCCUUUGUCAUUAGAGUUUUUUCUACCAUCUAUGAGUUGUACUGGCCAACAUUAGCUUAAUGGAAAAACUCAUUCAAUAUUUUGUCAUGUUUUAAAGAGUGAUUCAUUAGAA